CACACACACACACGGGCGCACCACCAUCAAACAUCUGUGACGCACUAUUUCCAUGUCCGCUUCUCUUUCUCAAUCCCUCUCUCCCUCUCCCCGCAGUCGUUCGUCAAGGCCGCUUCAGCGGAAGUACCGCACCGUGCUCUUCCCCGGUCAGCCAUCCAACAUGAGGGGAAGCCAGGCAGAGAGGGAGCUUCGAGUGGCGUGA